UGGCUGUGGUCGCCUUAAUUGUGUUAGGACCAGAGCGUUUGCCCAAGGUUGCGCGAACAAUAGGCACAUUGUAUGGCCGCAUUCAGGGAUAUAUGCGUGAUUUGCGUUUGGAGGUUGAUCGCCAUAUUGAAUUAGACGAGCUCAAAAACCUUAAAAGUGAGUUUGAAGGUGAGCUCAGAAAUGUUCAAUCUAGCUUGAAUACGACCGUUAAUGAGCUUAAUCAUGAAGUUCGCCAUGUUUUUGAUGGUAAUUUGGCGCAAGACCAUGAUGCGAUGCCAACUUUGACAACAUAUAAGCCCAUCCAAAAACAUUGGCGCGUUAAGCAAGUUGAGCCACGAGAGCAUCUUGAACCUUACGAAGCUCAUGAAUCCAAAGAGCUAGGAAACAGUGUUGAAGAAGAGUUUGCACCUGAAGAAGCCUUUAUUAGUCAUUUGACCGAAUUGCGUACGCGGAUGAUGAUUGCUGUUGGAGCGGUGCUAGUCUGUUUUUUGGGAUUGGCAUAUUGGGCACCACAAAUCUUUAAUAUUAUUUCAGAACCUCUCGCUAAAACCUUGCCCAAGGGCUCGAAAAUGAUUGUGACAGAUGUUACUGGGUCAUUUUUUACCCCCCUUAAAGUGACGUUGUAUGUCGCUUUUGUGAUAGCACUACCUGUGGUUUUAUAUCAAAUAUGGGCGUUUGUUGCGCCUGGCCUGUACCGCCACGAAAAACGUUUUAUUUUUCCCCUUGUUCUGAGUAGCUUUUUGUUAUUUAUAGCUGGCAUGGCCUUUGCGAGCUUUUUUGUGCUGCCAACGGUCUUUAAGUUUAUGGCAUUGGCCAGCACACACCUGCAAGCUGCUGAAAUGGCAACCGAUAUUGAAAAAUACUUA